GAGGAGUUGCCUCAGUCUGUUGGUACCCCUAGCUACCAAGUAAUUUCCCAAGCAGAGGCUAGAGUUACGCUAACCCAUGAACAGCCAAUUGAGUUAGUAGUGAUGUCCAAGUACGUUGGAUGCCUUCAAGAGGUUAUCGAACGCAGCCUGCAGUCAGGGCGAGGAGAGCCUAGACACAGUCCUUCUGGCAUACAGCCACAAAGUGAGCAGGCCAGUGAGGGGCUGGAUUUGUCUCAGCUGGUUUUGUCACCAGCAGGGCUAUCAAUUGAGCACAUUAGUGAUAAUAGUUCCUCUGAGCAGCAAGGGAAUUCAAACAGCCAACGGCUAAGCAUUAACAGGUAAGUAUCACACAAUGCAACCACGAAGGGGGCAUAAGGGGGGUACGAAUACCACAGAACUGCACAGAAUUACGUACAAACACAGCACAGAAUAACAUAAGAAAACAGCAAACCACAUUGAAAUUACCUGAAAAUUUUAAAUACCGCAAACCGCUUAGUUUGGUGAAACCACGAGACCGUAACUUAAAAUAAAAAUUCCCGCAAAACCGCAUCACCACAAACCUUUAUGCUCCCCUCAACCAACAGCCUAGCCUGGCUGCUGCAUUAUAAUAUUGCAGGGCAAGCGAAUGCUCACUAUUCUCUGUACAUCUACUUGUCUCAGUGCAAUUAAACUUGAAAUCUUUCAUCAAUCAAGUGGCCUCUGUUGAGUUUACAAGGGUUGAUUGUACAUCAAGUAGAUUCUCUUGCUUCAUGCCUGAUAAAAUCCUAAACUAGUAUAUUGCACUAUUGUUUUUAUAAAUGGAAAAAUUUAUACAUAACAAUGAUAUUUAUUGUAAAAGUUUGUCAGAGGCUCCACUCUCCUGCUGUUGUUUGACCAAAGCGGAACUUUAACCUCAAGCUAACUGUUUUAGGUCAUACAGACUGAAUUACUGGAGAGAAGACUUAUACAUAAAACGUUUCUCAAUAUAUUUUCAGGUUAUGUUACACACAAGGGGAAAUGUUACUUCCAGGCAGUACCUUUGAUGGUCACUUCAUUAUUUUGCCUAUGAGGAAUUACUCUCAACACCAUCAAGAUGCUGUCAAUGGAAGGAUAUGUUCAUUUGAAGGUCCUCCCAUUCACACGGGUCCUUAUGGUUACAAGCUUGGCAUACGCAUGUUCCCCGUGGGCAUUGAUCACGGAGAUAGCAGACACGCUGGCCUUUUUAUUGGCAUGAUGCCGGGAAAAUAUGAUAAUAUCCUAAAGUGGCCAUUCAUGGCAAUAAUCACUCUCACAAUUUUGGAUCAAGGAAGUAGUGCAGACUCCUGUAACGACAUCAGUCGCACUUUUGUGACCAGUGGAAAUCAAAGAGCUUUUCAAAAGCCCAUUGCCACUGGGCAAAGCGACAUGCUGUAUGGGUACCCAGAGUUUGUACCUAUUGAAAUGGUUUGUAGCCCUCGGUACUCUAAAGAUGAUACAGUGUUUAUCAAAAUUGAGAUUCGUCCAUGUGGCAUCCACUGA